AUGAUUUCUAGUGACACGAAUCUCAUACGAAUAGAUACCUUCCCACGUCUUGUCGUAAACGGCAAGCCAGAAGACAAAGACUGGGCUUCGACCCGCGAGACCAAGAAUGCAAACACCAAGCAAGGGAUUGAGCAAGUCAAUCACCCGGGACCAACGCAGUACUACCUCGCCAAAGUUCCCGAUGGCAAGGAUGUGAAGAGCUGGGACGGGAGUGGUGCAGUGUGGUUCAAGAUCAGUACCACGAUGCCGAGCGUAAACGCACAGAAGCAGAUGAGCUGGCCGGGACAAAACGAGUAUCUCACACCCAACGCAACAAUCCCUGCUGCCACGCCAUCGGGUGAUUACUUGCUCCGCGUUGAGCACAUCGCACUGCAUAUGGCUAUGCAAGCGAACAAAGCGCAGUUCUACCUGGCUUGCUCGCAGAUCAAGAUAACAGGGGGAGGGACUGGGCUGCCGAGUCCGCUAGUUGCGUUCCCAGGUGCCUACAAGUAA